ACGUAGCGGCAAGUGCCUUCAGACGUUCGAGGGCCACAGCUCCUACGUCAGCUCGGUGGCCUUCUCCCAUGAGUCGAUCUGGCGUCCACGUCCCGCGACUGCAUGUCAAGGUGUGGGACGCGCGCAGCGGCAAAGUGUCUUCAAACAAUCGAGGUUGAGAAGAUACUCUAUAGCAUCUCCUUCUACCCUAGUAACAACUACCUACACACUGAUGUUGGUGUUAUAAACAUCAGUACUCUACCAAUUUCAACUCCAGCAUUAACUAGUGCAGAAACUCAGAUCGCUUAGUAUCAAGGCGUGGCUUUAGGUGUAGCUAGAGCAUGGAUAACAUACAAUUCAGAUAACUUCUUA